AUGUACACUUACCUCGCCCUCGGCGACUCUUACACGAUUGGCGAACUCGUUGCUUCGCGUGAAAAUUUCCCGCACCAACUGGUUGCACUGAUGAAACAGGACCAGUUUGAUAUUGCCGAUCCGGUCAUUAUCGCCACUACCGGCUGGACUACGGAUGAACUGGCUGCCUCGAUCCGCGAACAUAAUAUCCAUGAGACCUUUUCCUUUGUUACGCUGCUGAUCGGUGUCAAUAACCAGUAUCGUGGGCGCGAUGUGGAUGAUUAUAAAAAAGAAUUCACCAACCUGCUCAACCAGGCUAUUUUGUUUGCCAACGGGCAUGCCCGCCAUGUCUUUGUCUUGUCGAUCCCUGAUUGGGGCGUUACCCCUUUUGCCGAAGGCAAAGACCGGGCGAAAAUUGCACAGGAGAUCGAUGCGUAUAACAACGCCUGCAAGGAAAUAACCCUGGCCAAUAAAUGCCACAUGCAUCACCGCCGAUUGUUCUGUUCUUUCUGUCAGAUGCACAACUGCGGCAUUAAAUACUUGUUGGGUAAAGCCGAUAAACUGUUCUGCGCCUUCCAGCAUCAGUUCCUCAAAGGUCGCUGCCGUAAACAGCGCAAAAUUGGAAAAACGCGACAUCCUAAUCUUUCCACGUCGUGCCCUCCGCAUUGCCUGAAAAAUAAUGCCGGGGAUGAUGUCCUGAAAACGCUUUGA